GAGUCAGGCUGGUGGUUCUUUGGCAGGACAGAUCUUGGUCUUUGCAUCAGUCAGUCUUUCUCUCCAAGUCAAACAGGCUGGCAGAUCUCCUGCCUACCAGGAUAAAUGCGUGGUUGAGGACUUUAUCCUCACUAAACCAUCAGUGGUUGUUUCCAGUGUUUGUAAGAGUUUGUUGGAAAUGGAGAAGAGUAGAGACAUGGUGCUGGGAAUUGAGGAUGAGUCUGGUCAGCCGGUGUCUCCACUGUCCAUCCUGUCUCUUCUGGAACGUGUCUCCACUAUCAUUGAUGGUGUGCAGGCCAGCCAGCAAAGAAUGGAAGAACGCCAACAUCAGCUAGAGGCAUCUGUUGCUACAGUCCAAUCAGAACUGCUCAAACUGGUCCAGAACCAUGGUGCCACAGCAACCACUGUGGACAAGCUGCUGCAGAAGGCCCGGCGUGUGAGCGCUCAUGUGAAGGAGGUGCGUUCACGUGUGGAGAAGCAGAAUGUCCGUGUAAAGAAAGUGGAGACUGCACGGGAUGAACUUCUCACCAGGAACAAGUUCAGAGUGGUUAUCUACCAGGGUGAGGCUGAAGUUCCAUCAGUUGCUGUGACAAAAACCCCUAAGGAUGCAGGGUUGGCUAAUGUUGAGGUGGAGCCUGAUGAGUAUGAAAUACCUGCAGACCUCUCAUCUGAUGAGGAGUAUAUGGUGGUGGAAGAGGCAGAGUCAUCAAGGGCAGCACGACUGAGGCAGACAGGCUUGAAAGGGAUAGACAACAUCAGAGCGGCUUUCUCCAAGGAUAACAUGAAUAAGACCCGUGAUCGAACACGGGAGAACCUCAGCAAGACUAAGGAGAGCCUAAGCAAGACAAGCCAGACUUUGGGCACUAAGAUCAACACCCUGGGUGAGAAGAUCAUUCCUCUUGAGCAGCGGGAGAAGAUGCGUCAGAGUGGUGAGAGGCUGAAGGAGAACAUUGCCAAGAAAGCUCCCAGCAAAGAGUCCUUCCGCAUCAAACUCAAGAAGGAACGUGCUGUUGCUGAGGGCCAGGAGGGUGCUGAGGCAGAGCCUGCUGUGACUCCACCAAAAGGCAGGAAGACCAGCCCAGAAGUCACCUACACAGAGGUUGUUACAGAAAUCAAACGGGAAGGGCCUGUAUCUGAGGAACGAGCCACCCGUAUUUCAGAGGAAGGAAAGAGUGGGCUGGCCAUAGAAACACCAGAGAAGUGAAGAAAACAGUGGAGAGGGAUAGAGAGUGUAAGAGAAAAAAAUCGAAGCGCUAAAGAAAAGGCAUAAGAAAGUUUAUUAGAAAUAAUAAAUAAUAGAACACAAUGUGCAUAUAUGUGUGGAUGUAAAAUCCAAAUUUAAAACAAAUUAUAACUGAGACCUCCCAGUCUAAUUACCAGGAUGGCAAACCUAAUCAGUGAGUAAUAAGGACUAGACAUCAUUAAGAAAGAGUCAUACUGGUACAGCUGUCUGUGUGUCAAUUCCAUGUUUAGAAAUAACUUUGAAAAACUGAGCAACUGCACAACUUAUUAUUUAUUAACACACAUAGGGAGUAUUGCUUGUGAAUUUACUGGAGUAGAAAAAGCACUAAAAUAUUCAGAACAGUGGCCUAACAUAUUUGGGAGUGGGGAACACUAGUUAUAGGGCCAUAUUUUUUUAGAAGACCUAGAUUUUUUUUUUUUUUUUUUUUUUAAACAAUUCUUAAUUGGGAACAUUAUGUCCAGCACCUUUAAAAACUCUCAAUCUCUCUCUCUCGCUCCCUCUCUCUCUCUCUCUCUCUCUGUGUGUGUGUGUGUGUGUGUGUCAGAGUGCAUAUACAUUUGGAGGAGUAUUUGACAUGUAUACUAAAAAAAGAUGACUUGAAAUAAAUGAACAGCUGAGCAUUC